AUGGCGUGGACGGGUGAAUCCGGACACACAGUUGUGGCAGAAGGGCAGAAGGCCAAGGGGUGCGGGAAGAAUGUUUGCAACACACUAGACUGGGCUAAAGCUCCCAAUAAAUAUAAUUCUCAGUAUCACAAGUUAUUCAAGGACAUCCCCACUGAAGAGAGAGUGGUUAAAGUCUGCUCCUGUGCUCUGCAGCGAGACAUCCUUAUCCAAGGCCGCCUCUACAUUUCUCCAAACUGGCUCUGCUUCUACGCAAACCUUUUUGGGAAAGAUAUCAAGGUUGUUAUCCCUGUGGUCUCCGUCCAACUAAUAAAAAAGCACAAAACAGCCCGGUUGUUGCCAAAUGGACUCGCCAUCACCACCAACGCCAGCCGAAAAUACAUCUUCGUGUCCCUCAUUUCCAGAGAUAGCGUCUAUGACGUCCUGCGGCGUGUCUGCACCCACUUACAGGUCUCCAGCAAAAAAAGUCUGAGUUUGAAAGAAUUCACCGAAGAGCCAGACGCAGUAGCCUUGGAGGUCAUCGUCCCAGAGGUGAAGUGGAGAAGGAGGUCCACGCCGUCCCUCUCGCUCGCCCUCCCAGAUGCUGGCUUCCAAUGCAUCCACCGAACUUCCAUCAGCAACCUCAGCGCUAAGGAAACCUCCUGCAACUCUGAGGAGCCCCUGGUGUCAGAAAGCACAGUAAACUCCGAGGAGGAAGAGGAGGAGGAAGAAGAGGAAGAGGAAGAGGAGUUAGUUGUGGACGAAAGCUACAAAGCAGAACUGAGACCAGCUGAUUAUCAGCUGCUGAAAAUCUUCAUAGUGUUAAUCUGCCUUUUGGUGUUGUCCUCAUCGUACCUGGCCUUCCGAAUCUUCCGGCUGGAGCAGCGACUCUCCUCCUUGAACCAGGAUUACCUUUCCCGAGUAUCUCAAAGAUGAUUGCAGCACAAGGAAGAUGGGAGAAGAUCAAACGUCACCUUACACUCAGGUCCAAGAAGGUAAUGUGGCUGCUGUGAAGAUGGGGACAAGCGGGACUCUGGUCCUCUUUCCAUUCUGGUUGGACCAAAGCAGUGAGGGCUACUUCAGGUGCUUCCUCACCUCCAAGCACCCCGUUGGAGGCUUCACACGUUGCAUUGACUCUGCUAGAACAUCUUAGGUCCUAGCUAGACUGGUCCAAGAGUGGCAGUUCCGGCCACAAUUUCAGAGCUUGUCCUCCUCAGCGAUGACAAAGUUAUGGAACUUACUCUCAACAGUGCCAGCAACACUGGAGAUUGCACUAGAGGACUUCUCCAAAGUUCUUCCUUGCACUUUGGAACAGCAGCACUUAGAAGGACUCUGCUGCUCUGACCUGUGACCUUCAUGGCCCCCGGGACAUGCUCUCCAGGGGGCUAUUUGAAAGGCCAGAUAGACAUGGCUGGAUUCUCCUCCGGAGAGGGAUCUUCCCGGGGAUGCCCGUUGCCAGCACUUGUGGCCUCUUUUCCCGUGGAAGGCGGGUGGCUGGAUAGUUAUCACUCCUGCAACGAAAACGCAACCAAGUCAACGAAGAUGACUAGUAAAUAAUGUUUGACUAAGGGAUGAGUAGGAGUUUUCAGCGGUCCCCUCUCUGCCCUUUCACACCCUGGUAUUCCGAGUUCUCCUUAGGACCAUUUUUCUUGCACUAAAGGACCCCCCCCCCCAAACAAUGCUGCUGUAGUGAUUUGCACCCCUGCAAAAUUUCCAGAGAGCCAAAGUGACUUGGAGGAGAUGGGGGCCUCUCGGCUGCCAGGCAAGCCCAACGUUCUUAUGGACUGGAGCCAACUGAACGUGCCGAGCUGUUGGGUAGGCAGCUGCAUCAGGGUCUUUUCGGGAAAACGUAAAAGAAGCGUCUCGGAGAUUGAGUGGCAGCCCAAAAUGCCCUUCCUGUUGGUCUGCCUCCUUAAACUAAAAACUGUAGCUUGGCCUUGAUGGGCUGAAAAAAGCGGGGGAGAAGGGAGGCCACCCCACCAAGCAGACCAGGUUGUGAGAUCAACUCUGCAGGAGGAUUACAGUUGCUUUGAGAUUGGCUAUAUAACUUAUAUCCCCUCCCCCUUUUUAUAGUUCAAUGCACUAGGGAGGUGUCCAUCUGAGUCACUUCCAGAUGUUGGUUGGCUGGUUGGUUGAGUGGUUGGUUGGUUGAGUGGUUGGCUGGUUGAGUGCUGGUUGGUUAGUUCGGUGGUU